GAAUAGCAACUCCGAUUGGGCCUUCCUUUGUACACGGUCUUCGUUUAACCGGUGAGAAAGAAAACGUUUCCCCUUCUGCAGGUCUUGCUUCAGAUCCCAAUUUUCCAACACAUUCUUCCCUUGGUCAUGAAUAAUACCAUUGCUUCAACCCUCCAACUUCAUUCUCCUUCACCUUCCUUCAGAUUCCGCAGAUAGAGCCGCACACGAAGAGACACAACUUUCUCUCUCUCUGCAUUAUGGAUUCUCCCUUUCCGCUUCUGCUUCUGCUCUUCCUCUGCCUCUCUCCCAUUCCUUCAUUCUCCAUUGAGAAUUUCCACCAAGCCUUUCCCAUUGUGGAACCUGAUCCUGGUCACACAAAACUUCGUCUUUCAAGAGAAGGUUUGGAGGCUAUCGAGAGAAUAACCAACCCCAUUGCUGCAGUGGCGGUGAUUGGGCCGUAUCGUUCUGGAAAAUCUUUUUUGCUUAAUCAACUUCUCUCUCUUUCUUGUUACGAAGGAUUUGGUGUUGGGCACAUGCGUGACACCAAGACAAAAGGAAUAUGGGUUUGGGGAACACCUAUAGAUUUGGACAUUAAUGGAGUAAGAACUUCUGUCUUUUACCUUGACACCGAAGGAUUUGAAAGUGUGGGGAAGUCCAAUGUAUAUGAUGAUCGGAUAUUUGCUCUGGCAACUGUCUUGAGUUCUGUGCUUAUAUAUAAUUUGCCUGAGACGAUACGUGAAGCUGACAUCUCUAGACUCUCUUUUGCGGUCGAGCUAGCUGAAGAAUUUUAUGGGAGAGUGAAGGGUCAAGAUGUUGCAUUUGAACCUGCUAAGCUGUUAUGGCUCAUCCAACGUGAUUUUUUACAAGGGAAAUCGGUCCAAGAAAUGGUGAAUGAAGCUCUCAAAAGAGUCCCCAAUACUGAUGGGAACAAAAAUAUUGAUGUGGUCAAUCAAAUCCGAGAUUCAUUGGCUGUUAUGGGUGACAACAGCACUGCCUUUAGCUUACCGCAACCACAUCUUCAGCGGACAAAGCUUUGUGAUAUGAAGGAUAUGGAGCUCGAUCAAUUAUAUGUCAAGAGAAGGGAGCAAUUGAAAGAGCUUGUUGCUAGCAUAAUCUCUCCAAAGAUUGUACAGGGAAAGACUCUAACUGGAAAGGAGUUUGUCUCCUUUUUAGAGCAGAUACUUGAAGCCUUGAACAAAGGAGAAAUUCCAUCAACAGGCUCUCUCGUUGAGGUUUUCAACAAGAAUAUUCUUGAGAAAUGUCUGAAGUUAUACAGUGAAAAGAUGGCAACGGUAGUUCUACCUCUUACUGAGGAAUCUCUGCAAGGGGCCCAUAAUAGGACUAAAGAUGAAGUCCUGCAAGUUUUUGAUCAGCAGCAUUUUGGUCGUCACCAUGCAAAGAAAUCAGUUGUGCAGCUGGAUGAAGAAAUCCAACAGGUGUAUAAGCAUGUUGUUGUGCAAAAUGAGCUUCAAUCUUCAAAGCUGUGUGAAGGUCUGUACACCAGAUGUGAGGACAAAAUGGAUCAACUUCAAGUUCUCAAACUUCCUUCCUUGGCAAAAUUUAAUGCAGGUUUCCUGCAAUGCAAUAAUAGUUUUAAGCAUGAAUGUGUUGGACCUUCGAAAGCAAAAUAUGAGCAACGCAUGAUGAAGAUGUUGGGGAAGUCUCGGUCUCUGUUUAUAAAGGAUUACAACCAAAGACUCUUCAAUUGGUUGGUGGCCUUCUCUCUAGUUAUGGUAGUGAUUGGCCGCUUUUUUAUAAAAUUCAUUUUGAUUGAAAUUGGAGCAUGGGCACUCUUCAUAUUUUUGGAGACAUACACAAGAAUGUUUUGGUCAGCAGAGGCACUUUACUAUAACCCAGUUUGGCAUUUCAUAGUUGCAACUUGGGAAACUGUGGUUUACAGCCCUGUCCUGGAUCUUGACAGAUGGGCUAUUCCUAUAGGUGCAGUGCUGUUUUUGUUUAUUCUUUAUUGGCGGUGUUUUGGGAAAAGGAAACAUGGUUCCCAGUGGCUAUUACCUUUAUACAGAAACAAUAAAAAUGGUUCUAAUCGACCACGAACAGACUAAAUCUGUGAUGAUGGUUGCAGUUAGCGGCGUGUUUCAAGAGUUUGGCAUGCUGCUCUGCAAUUUGUUGUUCUAUAUGGCGAGCUAUUUAUUUUAUUUUUACUUGGAGCUCGCUGGCCCCUUCAUCUCGAAAAGGUUCUUCUGCCGACUGUAAAAAAAGGUGAACCGAGGGUGACUGACCUCUAAAGUAACUUCUACGACUUUGGCCCCUCACAGAUGUUCUUUGUUGCCACAAUGGCACUGUAUCUGAUUUUAUUUCUGUAUCAUUUCCCAAUUACUUAUAUAGGAUUGUAGAGUAAAUUACAUGUUAUAUACAAUGUGCUGUGCCACAAUCAUGUGUUGUCGUGUAAACUGGUAAAUUUAAAGUAGAAAGGAAAAAAUGUUUAUUCUUUUU